AUGGCGUCCACAGUGCUCAGAAAUUACUGUAAGGUCCUUCAAAUUAAUGCCCGGCCGUUCAACCUGAUGCCUAAUUUCUCCGGAGUGCGACACAAAACCACAGUGCAGUAUGUCUCGCGUCCUGAGCUUCCGAAGCUGGCGUACAGGAAGCUGACCGGGAAAAGCCCAGGAGUGCUGUUCCUGCCUGGCUUCGCAUCCAACAUGGGUGGCCAGAAAGCCGAGGCCCUGGAGGAGUUCUGCAAGUCUUUAGGCCACUCCUACCUCAGGUUUGACUACACAGGCUGCGGGUCAUCUGAAGGUCGGAUGUCGGACUACAACAUCGGCACGUGGAAGAAAGACGUCCUGUUUGUUCUGGAUGAGCUUGUCGAGGGGCCGCAGAUCCUGGUUGGCUCCAGUAUGGGUGGCUGGCUCAUGCUGCUGGCGGCUCUGGCCCGACCGGAGAAGAUCGCCGCCCUGGUGGGCAUCUCCACCGCUGCAGACCACUUUGUCACAGCGUUCAACACUCUUCCCAUUGAGACGAAGAAGGAGAUUGAGGAGAAAGGCUCGUGGGUCCUGCCCACCAAACACAAUGAGGAGGGCUCCAUCACGCUGAGUCUGGACUUCCUGCGGGAGGCGGAGAACCACUGCGUCCUCCAGAGCCCCGUGCCCAUCUCCUGCCCGGUCCGCCUCAUCCACGGCCUCAAAGACACCGACGUUCCCUGGCACAUCUCCAUGCAGGUGGCCGAGAGAGUCCUCAGCAACGACGUGGACGUCAUUUUACGCAAGCACGGACGUCACCGCAUGACAGAGAAAGACGACAUCAAACUCAUGGUCUACACCAUCGAUGACCUCAUUGACAAACUCACCACUCUGGGCUAAGGGAUGUUACCUUUUACAGACCAAUCAGAGACCACAGCUCUGAGUAUUACCCGAUAUUGACUGAC